CUCGAGGGAGAUUUAAACUGUCGACGUGUCUCCGCGACUGUUCACAUCCACGCACAACCUCCCCGGAAGCAGGCCAUCUUCACGCGAGACUGACUGGUCUUUCGCUCUCGACAUGGACAACCCUCUCCCAACCCCCAUGCUCCUGACAGGCGCUGCCGGCUUUCCUGUCGCCUAUGUCGUCCUCACCUACAUGGACAAAGUGCACUACGAUCCCACCAUCCUCUACGGCUUGGUCACGUACUACAUCGCGCUCUUCCUGCUCCCCGCCCUCACCACGCUCGGCGUAUUGGAUCGAGCGACGGCGAAACGAAUCGGCAAUCCAUUGCAGGUCAUCACCAUCGGCUUCCUCGUGCGCUACCUGUACAACAACGCCGACCUCCCCGGCACCAUCGAGUACGCGCGCGGCUACCUGGCGUAUGCGAAGCGCAGCAUCUCAGGGGGUCUGCAUUGCGGCCUCGACGCGACCAACCACGCCGGCCCCGGCGACGAGAUUACGUGGGACGCGUGGACGACGGGGGCGAAGUGCACGUUUGACGACAACCAGCAGUGGACGAGCAUUGUCGGCGGCAUGAACUUGCACCACAAGCUGCUCGAGAUCGACCGCUGCUAUACGGCUUGCAUCCUCCGCUCGCCACCGUGGACGGAGGAUAACCUGUGGCAUGGGUAUAUGACCAGCGUCCCUGCUGGCCGUCUCCCGAGUGGAGACUACUGUCCUGACGGCUACUACUGGGGUCAUUGUCCGCCGCAUCCGCAUUACCAGCCGGCGAGCACCGAGACGGAGUUGCGCAUUGAGGAGAAUGCGGUGUACAUGGUUCCUAAGUGAUGCCUGGCGCGCGAGAACCCAGGAGAGAGGGGUUUCAGGAGGGGCUUCGAUCUAGAUAGCAUCUGCAGUGUACCGCUUAAGAGUCGUCUCCAAGAUCACAUUUGAAUCCAUGUGUCAAGCACAAUUGAAUAGGAAGGGC